UCCUUAUCUCGUCCCUGCGCGCACGUGCGGGCACGGUUGCGCACACACACGUGCGGGCGUCCUAUCAAAUCGGAUGCCGGCGAUGCCGCUUGACUCAUCCCGUCUGCGCGUUGGCAUUUCAGAGAAUAGAUUGUUUUCGCUUUGGAAGUGCUCGACCCUUGACGGAAGGUCCCCCUCUGCAGCAGCCCGGUUCAUGGCACUCAACUGGGCCGUCCGACAGCGUGCUCCGAUGGGACUGUGUGUCACUCUAACCCUGCUCAUCACCGUCACGCCAAUAUGGACGGCUGCUGGGUCACUCUGCAGCACGAAGGUGGAUUCCCUGGACUUAGGAUGCCUCCUGCGGUGGGAUUGUCCCGGAGCCAGCCCUAAUGCCGCCUACACGGUGCAGACCAAGACACAGGGGGAUCCCUGGAAGGACGUGGCGUGGUGCGUGUGGAUCUCCUCUCAGAGCUGCGACCUCUCCCAGGCUUUCUUCCACUUUGACCUGUACAACAUGAUCCGUCUGGGCCUCCGUGAUGACGUCACCGACGGCUCUCCCACCACCACGGCCUGGAGCGAGCCGGUGAAGUUCGACUACAGCGACUUCGCGUUCAGCGCUCCGUCCGUCUCCCUGUACCUGGACGGCGAUCGGUUGAGCGUGCGGGUGCAGUUUCCCUGUGCGGCCAACAGGAGGUGCUCUCGAGGGAUCUGCUGCCCUCUCUCCGAAUUAAUCAACCCCUGGACCUCAGUGACUGUGUACAACCAAUUGAAUCCCUCCGACUACAAGAUACAGGCCAACACACCUCUGGCCCAAGAUGCAUGA